AUCGCUGGGCCUCUCUCUGCUGAAGAGUGUUCGAUACGGAUAGAACAUUUUUUACUCAUAUCCUCCCCACUCGUAGCAGAGCUCCAUCAGUGUGGCAGCCCUAUCCCCAUGUGAGUACGUCACACCAGCACCACCUAAGUAACGCAGACCAGAUAGCAACUUCAUCGACAAACCAGGCGGGAGGCAUUUGGUCUCCGCAUUUAAUCGACGCCCGUGCGUUUCGAAUCUGGGCCACUCUGGUGAAAUCAAAGCUCCGUUCCUACUAUGCUACCACCUUGGUGGUAUAAAAUAGAUUUCAAUCCAAAUAGUUAUCAGAAUACAUUUCAUCCACGUAAAAUCCCAACCGUGCGUCAAAUCCUCAUGUAAAUCACCUCUUCCGCGGGCAUCGGAAAGCUCGUUAGCAUUUGGAGGCUUUCUUUUGGUCGCCGAUGGGCCCGGGUAAGACGCUAAUGUUUUAAAUGGGCCUUGACGUAAUUAACUUCAUAACGAUCCCUCUGACGCGGAAGAGCCCUUCCAUGCUAAUUAAUUUAACCGUUGAAUCCUAAUCCGACGCGAAGACACCCUGGUCCCCUGCAAAUAACGUCCUCUCCUCACCUCCGCGCGGGAGAUUACUGAGACGGCGAGUGCGUGGAUUUGGGGUUAUAGGGUUUCUUCGAGUCGGUCGAUCGAGCGGGGGAUAAUGGCGACGGCGGGGGAGGAUGAGAAGAAGAUGAUAACGCUGAGGAGCUCCGACGGGGAGGAGUUCGAGUUGGAGGAGGCGGCGGCGAAGCAGUCAGUGAUGAUCGGGAACAUGAUCGAGGACGGGUGCUCCGAGGGCGGGAUCCCCCUCCCAAACGUCACCGGCAAGGUCCUCGCCGUGAUCCUCGAGUACUGCAAGAAGCAUGCCGACUUCGACGCAGGCAAGCCCUCCGGCCACGACGGCAGGCCCGCCACCAAGGAGGAGGUCGCCGCCUGGGACGCCGACUACAUCGACGUUGAGCAGGAUGUCCUCUACGACGUCAUCGUGGCCUCCAACUAUCUGAACAUCAAAAACCUUUUGGACCUGGGCUGCCAAAGGGCUGCUGAUGUGAUCAAGGGAAAGACCCCUGAUGAGAUCCGGCAGUGGUUCAAAAUCACGAAUGAUUUCACUCCUGAGGAAGAAGAAGAGAUCCGGAGGGAAAACUCAUGGUCCUUUGAAUGAAGGAAAAUAAAGGACUAGGCUUUUUACACUUUCUCUUGCUAUGUUAAUAGGGCUGAUAACUAGUAGCAGGUGGAGUUCUAGAACAUAGAAAAGACGCCAGAUGUAGAGCAAUAAAAUUUUGCACCAUCUUUUGCUCAUUUUCCCCUUUAGUUGUUUUAGCCAGUGAGAUUUACAUGUACUCCACAACUUUGGAUACUGGCAGUAGUUCCAAGUAAUUAUGUUCCCUGAGAUAAUGUUGGUUUAUUGAUUCUGCUGAAUUUUUCAUUAUUCA